AUGGCUGACGAGGAGGCAAAUCGGCAAGCGCAGGCGGAGGAGAUGGAGGCGCUGGAGGCGAUCUACGGCUCAGAUUGCUUCUCGUACUCGAGCGACGAGCACUGCUGCAGGAUAACCAUUCAACACCCUGAUUCAGUCACAUCUACGGACAGUCACACCCAGCCCCCCACCCUCACUCUCCUCUUGCACCUCCCCGCCUCCUACCCCUCCCACGCCGCCCCCGUUGCUGAGCUGGCGCGCUGCGAUUGGCUCCCGGACAAUGCGAGAAGCAGGCUGUGCUGCCAGCUGGAUAGGAUGGGGGGAGGAGGCGGAGGGGCAGAGGUGGGGGGAGGGGGAGGGGGAGGGGGAGGGGCACAUGAGGGGGAGGCAAGAGGAGGGGAGGAGGGGAGUGUGUGUGGAGAGGUGGUGAUUUUCCAAUGGGUGGAAUGGAUUAAGGAGCAAGAAUGGGUGUGGCAGCACGCGCCUUUGCUUACAGACCUGCACGAGACGGAGGGACAGGAGAGCAGCAGAGGGGAGGGCAGAGAGGCAGCAGGGGAGGGUGAAACAGGUGCAGCAGAGACGGCAGAGGCAACAGCAAGGAGAGGAGGAGGCGGAAGAGGGGAGGAGGGGAAGGUGGGGGAGAGUGCGGAGGAGGGGGCAGGGGAGGUGGAGAGGGCGCUUGGCAUUGUGCACGGCGUUCCGUUCACUGAGAAGAGAAGUACUUUCCAGGCGCACCUGGCGCCUGUGAGCUCGCCUGCUGACGUGGCAGCAGUGAUGGACGUCCUCCUGGCCAAUCGGAAGAUCGCAGGCGCCACCCACAACAUCAUGGCCUAUCGGAUCGUGACAGCUGGCGCAAGCGGCAGUGCUGUCAUUCAAGACAACGAUGAUGAUGGGGAGGCAGCAGCAGGCAGCAGGUUGAUGCAUCUGCUGCAGAUUGUGGGGGCGGCCAAUGUGGUAGUGGUGGUUUCGAGGUGGUUUGGAGGAGUUCUGCUGGGUCCAGAUCGGUUCAGGCACAUCAACAAUGCAGCAAGGUCGUUACUGGUAGAGUGCGGAUACGUGGAGCAGCAACAGCAACAGCAGAAGCAGCAGCAUAAAGGGAAGACUGCCAAAGCUAGGAGGUGA